AUGGAUUUUCCCUCUCCUCCCAGGGAGCAGGACAAGGAGGCGACGGUCUAUAUUGGCAACAUCGACGAGCGCGCCACGACCGCCAUGAUAUACGAAAUCAUGCUCCAGAUGGGCCCCAUCCACAACAUCCACAUGCCGCGCGACCGCGUCACCCAGAACCACCAGGGCUUCGGCUUCGUCGAGUUCCGCGGCCCCCAGGACGCCGAGUACGCCGCCCAGGUCAUGAACGGCAUCAAGCUCUACGGCAAGCCCCUGCGCGUCAACAAGGCCAGCGCCGACAAGCAAAAGGGCACCGACGUCGGCGCCGAGCUCUUCGUCGGAAACCUCGACCACAUGGUCGACGAGAAGCUCCUCUACGACACCUUCUCCCGCUUCGGACCCCUCCUCAGCCUCCCCAAGGUCGCCCGCGACGACAGCGGCAACAGCAAGGGCUUUGGUUUCGUCAGCUUCGCCGACUUUGACAGCAGCGACGCCGCCAUCGAUAACCUCGGUGGCCAGUACCUCCUCAGCAAGGAGAUCUCGGUCCAGUACGCCUUCAAGAAGGACGGCCGCGGCGAGCGCCACGGCGACGAGGCUGAGCGCCAGCUGGCCGCCCAGGCCAAGCUGCGAAACAUCGUCCCGGAGGCCCAGCCCAUCCCCCAAGCCUUCCUCCAGCAGCCCACGACUGGUGCAAACGCCACGCCCACGGGCGCCGCUCCGGGCACCACGCUCCCGCAUGCUCAGGGACCCCCUCCCGGCUUCGAUCCUUCGGCCAUCAACAGCGGCUUGCCUCCUCCUGGCGCUGUCGGCAUGCCCCCUCACGCGCCUCCUCCGCACGGCAUGCCUGCUGGCUUCGCCCCGCCUCCUCAGCACCGCGGACCCUCUCCGUACGGCGCAGGCGGCCAGUUCCCGCCUCCUCCCGUGGUUGGCGGUCGUGGCUCUGCUCCUCUGGGCCCCCCUCCCGCGGGCCUGCCUGCUCGUCCGCCCCCAAGCCCUGCCGGCUUCGCCAACCCUGCCGACUAUCACCCCGGCAGCUAUCGUCCUCCCAACGGCUCGCCCGCCCAGCAGGGCUUUCCUGCUCCGCCUCCUGGCUUUCCCGGCCCGCCUCCCCCCGGCGCCACGGGCACGCCGCCUGCGAUGCCUCCCGGCUUCCAGCCUCCUCCUGGGUUCCAGCCUCCGCCUGGCUUCCCUCGUCGCUAA